UUUCCUUUGCUUCCGCAGAUUUAGGUGGGUUAACACCGGCCCUAUCUCCACGGCUACCAAGGUCACAGAUAAAAACAGAAACGGGUUGGGAGUCGUUCUAUUGUAAAUGGAGAUUCUAAAAAUAUAGUUUAGAGCAUCUCGGUAACGUUGAGUGACAGCAAAGUCGAAGGUCCUCAAUUCCACAAAACCUCACAAAACCGCCCCACAAACCCGCAAGCUACGAUGACAUCCCCCACCACAUCCAGCCCCAGCCCCAAAAAGAAGCUCACCUGGCUCAUCACCGGCUGCUCCUCCGGCUUCGGCCUCUCUCUGGCACGUAUCGCCCAGGCCGUUGGCCACACCGUGAUCGCGACGUCGCGCAGCCCGUCGCGCACGCCCGAGCUCGUCUCCGAGAUCGAAUCCGCCGUCACAGGCAGCAGAUGGCUGUCCCUGGACGUCGACAGCCCGGAAAGCGCGCAGACCAUCGAGGACCUCGAGGCGUCGGGCCGGCAGAUUGACGUGCUCGUCAACAAUGCCGGCUUCUCGUUGUUGGCCCCCGCCGAGACGUUCGCAGAGGAUGAGCUGCGCGCACACAUGGAGACCAUGUAUUUCGGGCCGCUGCGCCUGAUCCGCGCGGUGCUGCCGCACAUGCGCGCGCGGCGGUUCGGUGUUAUUGUCAAUAUCAGCACUGGUGCGGCGCUGGAGGGACGGGAGAGCAUGGGGGCGUAUGCUGGCGCGAAGGCGGCGCUCGAUGGCCUCUCAAAAGUCCUCGCAAAAGAGGUCGCCCCCUUCAACAUCCGCGUCCUGACCAUCGGCAUGGGCGCCUUCAACACCAACAUGCCCAACGCCGUGCGGCCCGGGGGCCACGACGCUCCUCUGCCGGCCGACUACCGCGGUUCGGCCGCCGAGCAGAUCAUGCAGCUCAUCUCGGGUGACAAGAUGGUGCCCAGCGGAGACAAGGACAAGGCCAUGCGUGCGGUCUACGAGCUCGUGGUGGGAGAGGGCCGCGCCGGCGCCGGGCUUGAGGCUGAGCGCUAUCUGCCUCUAGGCAGCGAUAUGGUUACCCGCGUAAAGGAGGUGCGCGAUUACCUGCAGCACAGCCUGGAUGUCUUUGAUGUCGGUAACAGCGUCGGCAUAGACAAGUGAUUGGGGUGCCUACUGUACUUUGCUAUACUGGGAGCCGAAGGCCUCGAGACGUAUCUUCCUGGUACAUUCUGGUAACUUGUCGAGGCUAGAUUACUUCGUCAGCCCCGUCUUGAUAUUGGGGCCUGGAUCACCGUUUGCCAUCUAGGUAGUCUUGUUCUGCGGCUUCUUCUGGAUCGCGUCCAUAUACUUGCGGUCCGCAUCUGUUCCGCCCGAGGUCGGGCGAGCUCCCGGGACUCCGCUCCGCGCCUGGGCGACUUCCCUUCGCUCAAGUUUGGUUGCUAAGACGUG